GACAAAUUCAUAUUUUCAACAAAAAUGAACAAAAUAUGUGAAUGUGAUACGAUAAGUAUGUAUUGUCUGAACUGAAAUGAAUGUGAUUAUUUAGUGAUAAAUUCUCACAAUAUACCGUAUUUAUUUAUUCUGAGUUCCGAAUUUCGAUUCGCGAAAGAUGCGUUAAUUAUAAAGAAUCAGUAGUAUUAUUUCUUUUGACAUUUAUAAUGAUCGCCGAAUCAAUACGACAUAGUUGAAAGCUGCAGCAAUCUGAGUGACAACCUGUUGAUUUCGUAUAAUUUCGCGAUGUCGGAAAUAGAAACUCCUCUGAAACAAGGAUUCCUGGGAUUUCCUCCCCAGGGUGUUUUAAGUCAAUUGAAAAAAUCUUGGCAGAAGAAAUAUUGCCAGUUAUUCAAGUCUAGUAAACACGGUGUUGAUAGACUAGAAGUAUUCGAUAGCGAAGAAGAAGUUGGCAAAACUUCGUCAAAUGUGAUCAUCACGUUGGAAAAUUGCGUAAAAAUCACGCAAGAUCCUCAGAAAAACCAUUCUUUUGUAUUUGCUGUGAUAACCAAGUCGAAUAGUUAUUAUUUCUCGGCGAAUUCCGAAGUCGAAAUGAAAGAAUGGAUUUCUGCUUUUCAAAAUGUUGCAUUCAAAGAUAACGUUUCGCGACAGACUAUCGAAGAAGAUAACGAUUUAUAUUGCUCGUCGGGAAACGCCGGAGUUUUUAACGUGAAAUUGAUUCAUUCGGAUGCUUCAAACAGAUGCGGACUGAUUACUGGUUAUUACACUUUGUUAGCGACACCAGUGGCGUUACAAUUAUUGCAGUCGGACGAUCAACGAACAUUAUUCACGUGGCCUUAUCGUUACAUUCGACGAUACGGUUACCGUUCGAGUAGAUUUUCAUUCGAAGCUGGCCGAAAAUGCGAAAGUGGCGAAGGUACGUUUCAUUUCGAAGGCUCCAAAGAUAUUUUCAAAUGCAUAUCGACCAAAAUGAAAAGCAUGAAAGAAUUGCUGAACCACGAAACGCAUAAUUUCCCUUUCGGCGAUCAUCAAAUUCAAGCCGCCAUGUCGAUGGUGGCUCGUUCUCGAAGUCCGCUUCCUCCAAGCCCUACCAGCGCAACAUCGCCCCUCAUCGAUUCAGAAAUCUGCGGGUUCUCGCAAAUGAAACCAUUCUAUCAUAACACCAGCAGCGCUACGUCAUUUUUAACCAAUAGUUUGCACGAAAUUACACCGCCACCGUUGAAACCAAAAAUGAAUCCGAUCGAUCCUCCUUCGUGUAAAUUGCCGGAAAUACCUCCACGUAGAACUCCCGUAUCGGAAAUGAUAGAAAAAGAUGCUAGCGAAGUACACGAACCUCACAGCAGUCAUAGCCAAACCACCUACGACUCGGUUGAAGUUCGAAAUGAAGCUUGGCGUACUAUGGGAGUCGAUGUGGCUAAUCAUAACGAUUUAUUCAAAGCAACACCCGCUCAGGCAGUUCCACCUCGAACUAAUUCACCCAAGUUUGAGAAAUCAGACAACCAACAACGUAUUUUCCACGUUUCUACCAAUAAUUCGGGAAAUUACGAUCGACUUCAACAUAUCGGACCGAUUCUCAAACAUAACACUGCUCCUGGUUAUAAACAGAUUCCAGUUAUAACCAGUAGUCUUUCUAAUGUACGUAUCGACGAACCAAUUUUCGCUUGUAGACGAGCCGAUGAUUUCAAGGGUUAUGGUAUGAUAAGAAAAAAAAGCGCAGUCGAAGCGUCCAACGAAGACGUAUCUAAACAAUUUUUAACCGAUGAUAUUUCAUUCGUCAUGUGUCGAGCGGAAAAGGUUUAAUAUUUUUCGCCAUGUUUUUCUUUUUUUUCUUCGUUGAUCUUUUUUUGUUUGUAGAAAUAAGAUUAUAAUUUUUGUUAUAUCAGAACAGAAAUUUCACUAGCCGAACAUAAUAUACGUAAAUUAGAAGAUUGAAUAUGUGCCAUUUCAAGUUCGACGCUGCACUGAUUUUUUUCCCCUCAGUGAUUUUAGAAUGUAAUUGAAAUUGAUUGUGAUCUUAAUCGUUCAGAUUAUUUCCCUUGCGUUUGAGGUACCUACUUAAUUUUUUCUUGAAAUACGUAUUUGGAAAGUGUAGGUAUUUUAUUUUCGCUUCGGAGGUUUACAUGAGGCGAUUUUCACAUGCCACAGUAAUCAUAUGUACAAGAUACGAAAAUAUUAUAGUGCCAUUCGAGUUUUUCAGGGCUUUCUUAUUCUUAAUGUUUUUCAUUUAUAUAAACGAUAUGUAUUAUUAUUUUCUCUUUUUUUUGACUUAAUUUUUACGACGAAGGGUAAUAAAUGAAAUGGAGUUUUGUCUUCGUUUGACUUAUUAUCAUUACCUCGAGUUUUUCACUUGACUUUUCUCUUUAAUUUUUUAUGGAAAAUUUUGCAUUUUUAUUGUAAAUUAAUUUUUGAUGAAAUAUCGAAAAAAACAUCUUAUGUAUUUAUGGUAAUAUGUACAAUCCAUGAGAUUUCUGUAUACUUUCAUAUUAAGUAAAGAUUGGCUGUUUUUUUUUCUUUUAAAAUUAUGUAAUAUGUAUAGACGUAUUUUAUAUUGAUUGAUUAUAUCGUUCGAACAGAUUUUUCGAAGUAAAAUUUCGUGAUUUUUUGAAAAUAACGUCCGAUUUGUGUUUUUAUAAGUAUUAUUUACCGGAUAGGUAUGUAAAAUAAAUAUAUAUAAAUGUUUUUUUG